AUGUGUUCGACCAUCUCUCCGUCCAUCUUACCUUACAUCAUUAAUCUUGAUUCCACCUCCAAAAUCUGGACUGCUCUUGAAAAUCGUUUUCAAUCUACAAAUCAGUCCAAGGUCAUACAGCUCAAGAAUGAGCUUCAUAAUAUCUCCAUGAAAACCUCUACCAUGACUCAGUACCUUACCGACAUCAAGGCCUUGGUUGAUCAGAUUGCUGCAGCUGGCUCGGUGGUAGACACCGAAGAUAUAAUCCUCUAUAUCUUGAAUGGUCUACCACCAUCUUAUCAAGCAUUCAAGACUGCAAUACGCACCAUGAUCACCCCGAUAAGCCUGGACGAUCUUUACCCACUGCUACUCAGCGAAGAAGUAAACAUCUCGGCCGACGCUGCACGGAAUCUGCCACCUGCAGAUCCAAAUAUCGCCUUAUACAUGCAGCGAGGUCGUGGACGUAGGCAGCGUGGCCGAUCUAACAACAACAACCCGACUACCGUGAUAUCAACAGCUGACUCUACAACUACAUGUCAGAUAUGCCACAAGCGGGGACACUCCGAAGCUAACUGUUGGCAUCGUCUAAACGAGAGCUAUGUGCCACGAUCAAGAAACACUGCUCUGGCAGCCACACAAGAAUGA